CCAUGUGAAAAAAAAUGCCGUCGUCUCACUCUGAGAAGUUGAAUCGUGAGAUCGAUUUGCAUUAUGAAAGAAGUGUGGGUAUAAGAAUCGUGGUAAAUCGAUAAAGUGUAUUUUGGUCGAAAAGAAGAAGAAAAAAAGGUAAUGGCACGUAUUAAGAGACGUAUUGGAUUGAAGUGGUUAGAUAUUAAAAAUUCGAAUCUUUUUUUUUUCUGAAAAGUAAAGAUAUAAAUUACUCGAAAUUGUAUUAAAUAGCAAAUUUAAAAAGAUAAGUAAUAGAAGAGGAAGUACUUACGUAUAUUUUUUUAAAAAAGAAUUUUCUCUUAUUACCUCGAAGAAAAUAGUAUCUUGUCUCUUAUAAAUAGGAUUACUUCCGUAUCUUCCAUUAACUGAUCAAAUUUCUUUUUAAGAGCACAUAUAAUUUCUUUUUAAGAGAACAAUGUUCCAAAGAUUGGGUUAAUGCUUUAUCACUUUAAAAAGUAAAAAAAAUAAAGUUGCAAAGAAUAUUUUUUAUCUUCUCGCUCUUUGCGACUUUUUUCUAUUUUGUUCAUUCGUCCUCUGAAUCCAUGAAUCUGAAAUAUAAAAAGUCCAUUAUUUUGUUAUUUUGAAUCCCGUUUUAAAUAUCCCGUUUAAAAAUAAAGAAUCGUACGAUUGUCCAUCCGUGUAAUUUAAUCGAAUUACGAUAUUUUCUUUGAGAAUUUGAAAAUCCAAUAACGACAACAUCGGCGAACGAAAUAAUUUGUCUGAAAAUAUAAUUUUGAAAGCGUAUACGCAAGAACAACCGUGUAACAAUUUCGAAACCGGUCGGAUAAGUGAAAUUUUCUUGAUAAAUUCUCGCUAAAUCCUCGAUAUAGGCCACGAACAAAAUGGAUUGUUAAAUCCCAUGAUGAUUGUCGUAACGCAGAGCAGAAAAAUGAACGUUCCCCUUUGUAAUCAUAUUUUAAACGUUCUCUUUUUUCUUUUUUUUUUUUUUUUUUUAGAAAUACGGAAGGAAAUGUUUUUUCAAAACGAGAAAAAGAUAUCGUUUCGUUACAAAUUACUCUUGUAACGAAUAAAUUACUACGAAUAAAAGAUUCGUUCGUGUUGAAAUAUUCAUUCGAUUUUAAAAUUAGCAAUUCUUAAAAAUCCGAGAGAAAAUAAAUCAAAGAGGAGGAAUACGUCCCAUUCUUCGAUCGAUGAAUUAUCGAAAGUUCAUUUGAGGAUUCAAUUUUAGAAAUUGGUAAUUUUUGAAAAAUUUAAGAAAAUUUUCUCUUUUAUUUUUUUUAUCUUCGAACGAAUUUUUUUCGUCGAGCAAAAUGUACAAAGGUGGUUAAAAAUUAAAUGGAGCAAGGUCUGACGAAUAUCGUGGAAAAUCCUUUGUAAUCAAGCGGGCUCGUUACACGAUCUAAUUAUGCUCAUGUUCCAAAAUUAUUCUCUCUUCUUCCGUAAGAUUUCGAUUCACAUUGUAAGAUAAUCUCGUAGAGAAAAGGAAAAUUCAGUGUAGCUUUGAUCGAGAACACAAAUGUAUGCGUAUACCAUCAUUUUGCCAAUAAACACGUAUGGAAUAAAAAUGAGAGAAAAUAGAGGUGGAAGAUGGGAGGAAGAUAGCUCGAGGAAUAAAUCUAAAACGGUGACCUCGUUUCUUCAAAACUAGAAGCUUCCAACCUCUCUUUCGUUUCGUGUGACGCUCUAAGAAUUCGAAAAUUGAACCUUCGACGAAUUCUCAUUUAUUCCGUUCGAGGAAUAAAAGAAAGAAAAGGUUGGAUUCCCAAGAAAAGUUUCCUCGUAAUUUCCGGCUAAUGGUUAAUAUUCGUCUUCGACUCGAGGAUUCAUUUCAGCUCGCUUCAAGAUCAAAAAUUAUCGUUAUAUAAAGAAAGAUAUUAUUACGCCCUUUUCUCUGUAAAAUUUUAAUUACAUUGUAUAUAUUAAGAAUUGUGAUAUAAAAAUUACUGGUCGCGAGGAAAAGGAUUCUCGAGAUCCUGAAAAUUUAAUAUUCGUCAGAGAGACAUGUGCGAAACGAAACGAACACGGUUUCAAUCGUGAUUGCAAGAUUGCAAGAAAUCCCUAUAAUAAUCCGCGUGUGUAGAAUAUUCAAUUGAGUACCUGAAUUACUUCCACUGAUUUCCCUCUCCUCCGUAUCCCCCGGGUUGGCCAAUUGAUUAAUCAAAGAACGCGAGUUCCCUGUAAAAGAGAAUAUCCCAAUAUUAAUUUAAUUUUCAAGAAUUCAUAGAAUUCCUAUCUAAAAAUCGAAAUGAAACGAAAUUUCAGAUUUAACGUUACGAAAUAUUAAUUAAAUCCUGAAAAAUUUCGCUUUGAUAAUCCGGGUUUAUUUUCUAUCUCCAACUUAAAACUCUAUCUGUAUAGAAAAAUUCGAAAAUUCAAAAGAUCGAAUAAGACUGGACGAGAGAAAUUCAUUCCUAGAAGAAUGAAUAGCAAAGAUCAAACCAAAGGUAUUUCUUUUUUUUGAGCAAUGUCGUGGAUUGUUGAGCCGGUCUCUCGAAUACGACCCUCGAAUCCCCUUCAUUUUUAGGCUGAAUCCCCAGAGGAGGAAACCGCCCUCCCUCCGCCAUUCCGUGUGUCUUUUCUCCUUAAGGAAGUUAAGGCGGCCAACUUGAUGCCACCUCGGUGAACCGAAUUUCGUACCGACCUCGCCAUUAAACCCUGCUUUAUUACUUCCUACCACCGACAUCUCAAACAGAUAUUCGAUAUCUGUUGGAAGAAAUUAUUCGGGCUUCGGCGGCGAAGGUGUGCUCCGUUUCUCAUUGGUAUUUCAUUUCACAUUUCAAAGAUAUCCAAGAAUUGAAAUUGAAAAUUAAUACGAAAUACGAGAAACCGAUUUUUUUUUUUUUUUAUAAGGAUAAGCGUGAGUUGAUCGAUGUUUUUAUUACGAUGGAAAAAGAGUGGGGAUUCGCAAUAGAUCUUGUUGAAAGAUUGUGUUAUUUAUGGGGACUCUGUUCAUCGAAUUUGAACAGGCUCGUUCAAAAUAUAUAAUCUGUUAAGCGAAUAAUUUUCCAAUUUGAAUAUAUAUAUGCUUUUUGUAUUUUUGCAUUUUGUUUGAUAUUUUUUUUUUAUCGAUAAAUAACGAUUAAGAAAUUUUGUUUUGAACGGAGAAUAUUGCGUUUGAUCAUAUUUAGAUUUAUUAAUAUCUAUUUAUCGUUGGGGAAUAGAAUUGCGAGGGAGAAAAUUUGAAUUUUUAAAAUAUACAAAUUAAAAGGAUUUAAUUAGAAAUAAUGUAAGAGGAAUUAAUUUACCGCGAAAAUUUGUGACAUAAUCGUUCUCUCUCAUCGUGCUAUCAAUAAGUAUUUAAUGACGAGGCAUGAAAAUUGCUUAGGGGUUGAACGUUUCGUAAUCGCCAUUGAAUUGAAAGUAGUUACAUAAAUGUUUUACAUUCUCGCUGCAAAAUUGCCAGGUAUAAUUCGAAUACUGUUAAUUAUGAAGUUAAUCACGGGAUUAAUUAUCCAUUUCCCGCUUAAGUGAUUAAACUUAGGGACUGGCGUCGAUCAAUCGUCCAUUCCAACAAUCUUUCAAGGCGUGUUACAUUUAUUAAUCCGAGAAUAAAAAAAAAAUCAAUUCCAUGAAUAUUUCUGCCGAUGUUAUUAUUAUUAUUUUUUUAUUUUUUAUUCUCCUUUCUUUUCUUUUUUAAAAUAAAAUUCAGGAUUCGAAAAAUAAUUGACGAAUAACAUUCACGGAAUUUUCAUUAGAACUUUCUCGCUGUAAUAAAUAAAAUAUUCACAAUUUUGAUUAAUACAAACACUUUCAAAAGAACAAUUUCUUUUUUUUUUUAAAUAUUAUUUCACGCGUAAUUGCGCAACUAGGAUUCUUCUGAAUUUGUGACAACUCUCAUCUUCCCCUAUUUAUCCUAAUAACUUUUCUCAAUUCGUACUUUUCCAAUAUCUCUCCCCCCUCUUCUCACAAAUUUAACCGAAAUCUUCACAAACACACACAAAGAAAAUAACAUAUUAAAAUUACGUUCUCACUUCUCUCCCCCUCCACCUAAGGCGAAUAGUAAUUUUAACCGUGGAUAAUGUACGUUCGAGUUAAUAUCCCGAAAAUCCCCGGAAGCAAGAUUAUCUGUUAAUUAAAAUUCUCUCGAAAUUCAGGUUGUCCCAAUUCCGCGAAAAUCCUCGCGAUCGUUCUUCGAAGCCGAAAAGGAAGAGAGAAAGAAAGGGGAGGGGAGGGGGAAAGAGAGAGAAGAUUGAAAAGAAAGGUUGGUCUGUCACCAGGGGAUGACAAUUUUGCAAUGAUGCUCCAGGAUUCGCGAUACUGCUAUGUAAACAAAGAUACAGCGCGCAGGGUUAACGUAAUCCGUUUAUCCAUGAUUGGAUUCCAAGUGAUUCCGUAGAUAUGCCACGGAAGACGACGAUUCGACGUCGUUGUAACGAGCCGCUGUACCCUGAAAUCGAUGCCUCUGACGAUUCGAUGAAAUCGUAUAUUGUAAAACGAUGCGAUCAUUAAAAUCAAUCGCGAGAGCGGGGGCCCCUCCGCGAUUAUGCGAAUCGUGCGCGAGAUUAGCAUGGGUGAAGCGGCAAAAGUUGAGCUUGAAAAACUUUUUUUACUUCGUAGCAUUGAUAACUAAGAGAUGAGUAAGUAAUAAUCGCGUGCCCGAUCGAUGGGAAAGAUUGUGAAAAUAUGUGAAAGUUAUAGGAUAAAUUUGUGUUCGAAAUUAUAGAAAACAACAAGGAUUUUAUUUUUUAUCUUUUGAAAUAGCCGAGUGUCGAAAUAAGAAAUAAUACAAAUAAGGAGUUUUUAAAUAGAGAUCCUGAUGGAUGAUGGAGAAAUAUUUUAUAAUACUGUUGCUUACUUGUUGUACUAGAAAAUAAAUUUGAAAUAGAAUAUUUAAAUAAUAAAAUAAAUCCUAUGAAAAUCCUAUCUCGUCUUUCUUGUAAUAUUUUAUCCUUAACAAAAAAAAAAAAUUAAGGAAAGAAUUAUAUUCUUUCAUCUUCGUAAAUUCUUCUCUCCCUAGAAAUCUUUUAAGAAAAAAUCUAUAAUCACCAUGCAAUGGAUAAAAAUAUUUCACAAUAAAAAAGGAGAGGAAGGGGAGGAAUGAGGGGUGGAAAUGAGCACAAAGUGUUGAACAACCGAGAAAAAGGUAAGACGAAACUGUCUCAUCGGCUCGUCCUUUUCAACUUCUUAACUUCGUGAGAUUGAAAAUUAGUCGGUGUUCCAAUUAUCCAAAGAGAGAGACGAAACCAAAGUUUCGGAAUACGUUUCCUUUUGCCUUCUCUCUCUCUCUCUCUCUCUCGAUUUCUUUCCUUCCCUCGAAACUUGUUCUUCGUCUUCGAAGUGGUAAACGUUACAACGGACAAGCGGACAAAGGGUGGAAACAUGGCAGAAGCAAAUUGACCGGGAUGAUUCAUUUUCAUCGAUUUCCCCUAAACUCGUUUCACAGGAGUGAAAUCCUGAUGGUGGAGUGGCGCGAUGACCAGCGACCAACUUCUGGUCAUUCGUCGUUUAUCCAAGUGAAAUUGACUUCCAUCCGAGCAAUUUAACGAGGAUUACACGGAGGAGGAGGAGGAGGAGGAUAUCCACGCGACCGUCACGAAUUCUACUUUGUUUUUCUGAUGGCUGGAAAAUUGGAUGGAAUUUGCCUCGUUUCGAACGAAGAAUCUUCGACGCGCCAUUUCGAUCAUCGGAAAAGUUAACGCUGUUAUGUUAUAUUGAGCGAAGGGCGCGAAAUUGGGCCGAAUAUCAAUCUACAAGUGUAAUAUCUUUCCGAGAUAUUGUGAAAAUUCUCGACUUCUUCGAGCCCUCCGUUUUGAGGAUUACUUUUUACCUGUUUCGAUAAAGAAGAAGAAAAAAGAAAUAUUCGAAUAUUUUUUUUUUAAACUAUCUUUCAACGUGAAUUUUAUUAUUGAAAUUAAUAACUUUCAUUGUUUCGUUACGAUUGUGAUUGAUACGUUUCUCUUUUCCUGGGCUGUUAAAAAUUUUGAGAAAAUUCCAGGAUACUUAUCGAAGCCUCCUCUUUGAAUGAAACGUGCAGUGAUUGCCUCGUUUUUAUCCCUUUUUUCCUUGAGAAAAGAAAUUAGAUAGACUUGGAAAAGAAUUGUCAAAAGUUGUGCCAAGUCGGGAUUUUUUAAAGUAGAAUUGAAAUUUCUAAAAUUGUUUACUCCUUUUUCCACAUUUUAGAAUUCCAAAUGUGUCGCAAAUGAACUGUCAAUAAUUUCGAAAGGACGAUUCGUCAACUUUUUUAACCUUAUGGAGAAAACGUUUCACGCUCUUUUUCCAAGAAUUCAACAAGAAAGGACAUUUUACACCGUCAUUUACAAAUUGGUUACUUAAUCCUUAAUUACCCAAAGCUUUCCCAAAGUCUUUAUUUACAAUCACCUUGCAAUUUUUCUCUACCUUUUUCCCCCUGUACGUUUCUACAGAGGUGGGUAAUUAGGUUAAAUCCUUCCGUUACGUACGCGAUUAAAAUGUUCUGAAAAACAACAUUGUCGCAGUGUUCCCUCGGGCUAUUAAUCAAUUUUAACUCGACCACCGUCUCUUCCUCCCUCUGCAAACAUUCGGACGUAGAAAAAGCGAGAAAUUCUCUCUUUCUCUCUUUUUUUAAAUUACGAGUGAGAAAUUACUUAUAAAUGUUCAACGCUCGUUUAUGUAUACUUUAUUACAUUUAAUAAUAACGAAAAAUAAAAAGAAAGAAAAACAAUUGAGUUAUUCUCUCAAUUUUAACUCGACUACCAUCUCUACAAAUAUUUGAGAGAGAGAGAGAAAGAGAGAAAGAAGGAGAAUGUACAAAUAAAGUCACAUUUAGAAGUUACUUCCUUUAAAAAAGAAAAAAGAAAAAAAAAGAAGUUACUUUUAUCCGCAACUUUUCAUUCAACUCGUCUCAUUGCUAAUCCAAAGUGCAAAGAAUAACCCCAACUUUCAUAAUACGAUAUAAUACGAAGAAACUGGAAACGCACUCGUCGACAACCUGUUCGAAUAAAAAUACAAGCUACUUCGUAACAACGACCUAACGAAAGAAAGAAAGGGAAGGAAAAACAGAGAAGGAUAAAGGAGAAAGCGAAACAUCUUCCUAAGGUAAAAAAGAAAAAGAAGACAGAGGCAGAGAUAUUUCCAUCCCGGUUAAGGUGUAUUCUCCAGAAGCCAUUUUCCUUCUUCCUCGCGAACGAAACGGGAAGAGGAGACAAAGAAGGCUUCGUGGCCGAUGUUCAGACUUUAAUAAGCUGCUGCCGUUUUUCCACAUUUCGUUAUUUCGACGAGAAAAAGAAGAAAAGGGAAAAAAUGGAAGGGGGAGAGGGAUAAACAACGACGCAAGCGACGCACAAUGGAUGGUAGACGAGAGGGAAGAACGAGUUGAAAACUCGUGUCGUACGAAUGGGGUGGUGGACCCCGAUAAAAUGGCGAGAUGAGGAAGCUCUGUGACGGAUGGCGUGAACGGUGUAAAGGCACGGCUCAUGCAUCUUUUAUAAGGGGUGGAUACCGAAGGGACAUCGUGAGUAAUCGUGUGACACGUGGAUGGAUUGAGGAGAGAAGGUAGUAGAAAUCAAGAGGAAAUGACGAAGGUUGGAUCUUGCGCACGCCGGAUGGCCACUCGCUUCUGAGAGCCUCUGUAACAUACCCUUAAUUAAGUGGAUUAAAUUUCCACAUUAGUGUCGCACAGAGAACGUCCGCUAUGUUCGGACAGAAGUCUCCGUGCUGUUGCCAGAGUCGGGCAAGCGGUGAACCUGGCUGUGGAGAGGUUCGUCACCGUUGGCGAAACGAUCGCGGAUGGAAAUCCAGAGAUCAGGGACGACAUGUACCAGGCGUGCAAGAGGGCGAGAGAUGCUGGCUCGGCGAUCGAAAAAUUAUGCGAGUGCGCGACGGAGGACAGCCUAGCUGACCGAGGCUCCGUCGUGAGGGCUGCGAGAUGCCUCCUCGGCUCCGUGACGAAGGUCCUCCUUCUGGCCGAUAUCGUUGUGGUGAAGCAGCUUCUCCUCGCGAAGAAGAAGGUCGCCCGUAGCCUCGGCCGCCUCGAAAGCGUCUCCAACUUCACCGAAUUCGUCAAGGCUUUCAGCCAGUUCGGGGCGGAAAUGGUGGAAUUGGCGCAUUUGACGGGUGAUCGCCAAAAUGACUUGAAAGACGAGAGGCGAAGGGCGCAGAUGGCAGCGGCUCGCCAAGUUUUGGAGAGGAGUACCAUGAUGCUGCUCACGUCCAGCAAAACCUGCCUUAGGCAUCCGGAGUGUCCGUCUGCCAGAGAGAACAGAGACACCGUUUUCUGCCAGAUGCGAAGGGCCAUGGACUUGAUACAUUACGUGGUCAAAGACGGUGUCCUCGAUUGCAGCGAGUCCCAGUCUUACUCCAAUUCCCAGAGUCCACAGCAGGAGGAUUGGGACAGCAGCACGGCGUUCUCCGCGUUGAAACACUUCGAGAGGUUGGUCGAAACCACAAGAAUGACUCUCCUAGGACCGGGUUGUCGAGAGACCCUCACCGCCGCGUUAGACACCGUCAUCGAGAGGACGCAGGAUUUCACUGACAGCGCAUACACGAGCCACGAGCACAGAGAGAAUAUACUUUUGCUUUGCGAUCGGGCGCAACUCGAACUCAACACCCUCCUGCGAAUUGGUAACAGUAUGAAUUACGAAGGCGGUGGUGGAUCUCCGAGUUCUGAAAUGGAGCAAGCCGUUCUGGGAGUGUUACGUACCACCAGGGAUCUUCGCCAGCAGCUGUGCACGACCACAAUGGAACAAGCGGCUGAUCUUGGACAGGUAACUAAAGCGGGUCAGGAACUUGUGUCAACGAUCAGGAACGUCGCUUUGGCCAACGACAGAUAUCUUCUUCAAGAGAGCAACGAGAAAUUUCGCGAAUACAUUGAACACAUUCUCGAGGUGUGCAAAAUGCUGAGACACGUCGCGCUCUCGGAAUCAUUGCAAGUUUCGGCGAAGUUCACUGAAAUCAACUUGAGAAUAUACGGCCCUCAAGUGGUGACAGCGGCGUACACUUUGGCGAGACAUCCUACGAGUAAAAUCGCCAAGGAAAACCUGGAAGUAUUCGCUGAUAUGUGGCAGUGGCUCAUGACCGACGUGACCACAGUGGCGAAAGACGUGUUGGAAUUAAACCAAAAUCGACCGGAGAAACAAGUUUACAUGUCAUUGCCACGGCCUGGAAAACACGGAACAACGAGCAAGCCGUUGAAACCGGUGAAAUUGGACAGCGAGGAGCAGGCGAAGAUCGCGAAGGCCGGCCUCGAGAUGAAGCUGAUCACAUCCGAGAUGGACGCGGAAACGGAGAAGUGGCAGGAGAGCGGCAGCGCGCUCGAGGAGAACAACGACAUAGUGAAACGCGCCAAGAACAUGUCCUCGAUGGCGUUCUCCAUGUACCAGUUCACAAGGGGCGAAGGGGCGUUGAAGACAACCCAAGAUCUGUUCACCCAAGCUGAGUAUUUCGCCGAGGAGGCGAACAGAUUGUACAAGGUUGUGAGACAAUUCAGCUAUCAGGUACCAGGUGGCCCGCACAAGAAAGAACUUUUGGAAAAUCUGGAUCGUGUGCCAACGUACGUCCAACAGCUUCAAUUCACCGUGAAGAACCCCACGGUCGGAAAGGCGGCCACUUUUACAAAAGUCGACAACGUGAUACAAGAGACUAAAAAUUUAAUGAACGUGAUUUCGAAAGUGGUCACCACGUGUUUCGUCUGCGCUACAAAGCACAAUGUCACGAUGCCGCAGUACGUGGAGCUGAGCCCAACGGUGCCUGGCCUAGCCGAAGAGGAUUGCUUGUACCCGGUUAGCCCCCAAUUGCUACCGUCCAUCAGUCCCUACGUGCAACCCCAUCCCCUCACAUCCGCCCAAUUGCACAACAUUCUGAGAGGUCCAAACUUCAACUUUUCCCAAUUGUUCAAUUACAACAACACGUUGGCAAACAACACAACUCCCACAACGGCGACGAGGAACACGGCGUCCUUCGUCCAUCCUUCCGUCCUUCCAUACUCGUCACCGAUCACGUCCACUCCCAGUUGCGGGCCGCAGGCUCCCUAUUGCCUGCAGAAUCUACAAUUGUUGCAGCUGCAGCUGCAACAGGCACAGCUGCAGCACCUAAGACACGCCACUCUGCCGAGAUAACACAGACUUUCGUUGCACCGCCAACGUGCGCUCUUCACGCGAAGCCACAACGCGAAGCGUUGCCUCUUUACGUUGCACAGGUUCGACUUUCGUUUUACUUUUUUUUUUCUCUCUCUCUCUCUCCCUCUCCCAACCCUUUUUCUUUUCGUUUUGUUCUCUCUUUUUGUUUCUUGUUCUCUCCGCUUUUAUAUUCUUCGCUCUUGAUCCUUCAUCACGAUCGAUCGAAUUUUCUUGUCUUUGAAUUUUUAGCGAAAUCGAGACGAUUAAAAUUGUGUGAACUUUUAUUGCGAUAUAAAUUUCGCUAUUUUUUUCUCGAUAUUUCAAAAAUUUAUUAUUCAUGUAUAAAAAAUUCCAAGUAAGGAAUCCAUUUCAAUUUCAACUUUUUAGAUCUCUUGCUUUUCAUUCAUCUUUUUCAAAAA